AGCUAGGCACGGACCAAAAUUUUGGUACAAUUGACAGUGAUGGCGUUUAAAAAUCGUCCCAUGUAGCAGGCAUGUUGUUACAGAGCGAUGUGGCUUUGUUAAAUUUCAUAUGUUUUGCAUGUUUUAUUUUGUAAUUACAAUGCAUGCAAGUGGCCGGGUGGAUGAAGGUUCGCCUUCGCCCACAAAACUUCCUGUUUUACCAACUUACAUUAAGCAGCAUUGAAUGACUUGGACACUGUCGUACUAGAAAUCCUGCUGCUUCUUUAACUAGACUGCACCAACCACAUCCAUAUCCCUUACUCCAAUAUCUAGCAUAGCAAAAGCAAUCCACCCUCUUUGCCAAAUCCCCACCAAGCUAUAAAAAAUCAUUGCCAAAAUUAGUGCAAAGUCUAUUGUUGUUAGCAGGACUAAAUGGGCAGGUCCCCUUGUUGUGAGAAAGGUCACACAAACAAAGGAGCAUGGACUAGAGAAGAAGAUGAGCGUCUCAUAGCUUACAUCCAAGCCCAUGGAGAAGGUUGUUGGAGAUCCCUCCCAAAAGCUGCUGGCCUUCUCCGUUGUGGUAAGAGUUGCCGUCUUCGAUGGAUUAACUAUCUGCGCCCUGAUGUUAAGCGGGGUAAUUUUACUGAUGAAGAAGAUGAACUCAUCAUCAAGCUACAUAGCCUCCUUGGUAACAAGUGGUCAAUAAUAGCAGCAAGGCUACCUGGAAGAACAGAUAAUGAUAUCAAGAAUCACUGGAAUACCCACAUAAAGAGGAAGCUAUUGAGCAGAGGUAUUGACCCCUUAACGCAUCGACCAAUCAAUGAACAAACUGCUAUUCACAGCACAGAUAAGGUCUUAUCUACUAAAGUUCUAAGAGAAGCUGUGAAGACCAAUAAUGAGCUUACUUGCAUAAACCACAGCAACCCAGAAGGAGAAAAGUAUCCAGAAUUGAAUCUUGAGCUGCGGAUAAGUCCUCCUUCUUCACACCCAUCUCAGAUAGUGGAGAAAAGAGACAGAAGAGUCACUUGUUUCUACUGUAGUUUGGGACUACGAAACGGCAAGGGGUGCACUUCUGGGGCAGUAGAAGUAGAACAUCUGAGUUUUUGUGCUUGACGAAUGGCGUUUUGGAUUACAGAAGGUUGGGGUUGAAUUGAGAAGUUAUGUACACAGUACAUGAAUUGAUAGCAAAAUCGAUACUAGUAAUUUAUGUGUUUAAAUUUCUCUAAUUCCCCUCUGGUUUGUAUAUUUACAAAAUCUACUUGACUAGUUUUAUAAUUUUGUUUUCUGGCCAGUGACUUGUUUUAUAAUGGAACACUCGAAGCUUUAUGAACUGACAAUAGUUCAGUGAAGAUUUAGGAAUGUUUGUCCACAUAUUCAAAUCUUUGAUAAAAUCUAUUUUCCGAAGGAUUAUUGACUGUUUCUCGACAAUCAUUUUUUUUUCAUCUGGAAAAAAAAGGACCGGUGUAGAUUAAUGAACAACCUUGGAAGAUGGAAGGAGAAAGUAACAGGGACCCGGAGGAGUCGGUAACCUAUCUCAGUCAUGCAUAAAAGAAGAGCGAGAACAGGAGUGAAAGCGAGAGCCGGAGAGAGAAAGAGAGAGGCCAUGCCAAUUGCCAACUUCACAAUAUUCAUUGCUAGUUUGAUACCAUCUUACACAGAUCUACCUACCAAACAAUUAUUGUGCCGGCUGCUGACUGCGUACAAAAACAAAACUGGAUUCGUGAAACUUGUCUGUGCUAUGUUGUUUGCCUCUCUUCCUUAUCCAACACCUCAGCAAAUUGCUGACAAAAUAGCCUAACUAUAAUCAAUCUGGACUUAGCUUUAUCAGCCGUUACAUGUCCCUUGAAAAGAAGGGAUGUUAUCUAUCUAUUCAAGUGAUAAAACAGAUGCUGUUACGUUUCCGUAUGUAACGCUAACUAGGGGCCCGUUGGGAAAAAAGUUGGCUUCGUUGAACCAUGACCAUAUGCUUUGUCCAUGGAUGAGACAGGCAGAGCAAUUAGCCUUUGUCAAAACAGAAACUUACAGCCGCUUGCCAAAAGUCAAAGAGGUUUGGAGGAUAAAAAAUUGAGCAAAAAUCUUGAAUGUUGGACCACAGGGCUUCCCUAUAGCAAGUCUAUUCCUUCCUGGCUUGAUUUGCUGGUGCUUAAAAACUUUAGCUACCGUUUCUUUCCCCAGGAAUGACAACCUCGGAGUGAUUGAGACUGGCAGCUAGACCAUGUAAC